AGGAAUCUUACCAAGCAAGAACCAGAGUUACUCGCAUUCUUCGGUUGAAUUGUAACCUCCGGCCUUCCGCUCUUUACGAAGCAACAACACCAACCUCUACGGAAAAAUCUGAACCCACACAAACCUACCUAACCAAAAAUGAAAUUCUCUGUGCCAAUGUCGAUUGCUGCAGGGCUUGUCUUGAGUCAAGCCUCAGUGUUCAUCUCAGCUACCUGUUUCCGGGCCCGGGAUGUUGCCCUUAACACUCAAAUCCUCAAGAGUGGCCCCCUAGACCGUCGUUCCUGUUUCUCGAAACACAAAGACGAGGAUGAUGGAAAGAAAUACUACGAAGUCGAGAUGAAGGACGACGAUGAGGAGGAAAAGAAGAAGGACUACGCGGAUGAGGACGAGGAGAAAUACUACGCGGAUGAGGACAAAAAGGACUACGAGGAUGAGGACGAGAAAAAGAAAUACCAUGGUGAAGAAGAUGGAGGAAAAAAAUAUGAUUUCGAUGGUUUUUACGACAAGAAGGGUUUUUAUGGGGAGAAGGGAACGUAUGGUGAGGAGGGGCACUACUCGGACUAGAAGGCGCGAAAACAGUACCUCAAGCAUUCCUCCGCCGACCCUACUUUGUCGUGGUAGAUGCUGCUGGAUCAUGUCUGACUCGGUUUAACCCAAAGAUUUUCCUAUUCCUUUGUGCUCAAUGAUUACUCUUACAAGUCUAGAGCUACCAGUUCCCCACUCCAUCCAACUCAAUUAAUUUAACCUUGAAGAACCCUGUUCCCUAUGUCUUAUAAUCUGUCUGAAACAAUCCGUCGAAACUCUUGAAUCUAAAUGAAUUGAGUGUCUUUAGUACUCCGUGUUCUUG